CUUUGGACGCGUCGCAGAGUCGUUUCGCGUCGAGGAGCUUCGCUUCGGGAGGAUAAAAAAAUCCGGAGGAUACCCUCGCGGGAGUAGGAGGUGGAGGAUGAUGCGAUCGUGAGCGGAGAUUCUUCCUUUUACAAUCGGAGUACUCUAGUAUCAUGCGAGCAUCAAUCAUCGUCGCUUCGCGAGCCAACAGCAACCCACGUUCCAACAAUCGACGCUUGAACAAUUACGUUUGAUUCUGAGGAAGAAGAAAAAAAUAUAACGAGUUAGGAUGUCUCUGAGCGCCAGCGCGGAGAACCUCUCAUCCGAGGGACAAAGUAGCGAGAGAUGGAACAUGUGCCUGGAAUUGGCAUUGGAGGGCGAACGCCUGUGCAAAGCUGGCGAUUGCAAGUCUGGGGUAGCAUUCUUCCAAGCAGCGAUUCAAGCAGGCACAGACGAUCUGCGGAUACUAAGCGCGAUUUACAGUCAGCUAGGCAAUGCGUACUUCUAUCUGAGUGACUAUGUUAAGGCAAUGCAGUAUCACAAGUUGGAUCUGACACUUGCCAGAAACAUGGGUGACAAACUGGGGGAAGCCAAGUCCAGUGGAAAUUUGGGCAACACGCUGAAAGUUAUGGGCAAGUUUGACGAAGCUAUGAUAUGCUGUAAGAGACAUCUAGAGAUCUCCAGAGAAAUCGGAGAUAAGCUUAGUGAAGGAAGAGCUCUGUAUAAUUUGGGAAAUGUAUAUCAUGCUAAAGGCAAACAGGCAGGUAGAAUUGGUCAUCAGGAUCCAGGAGAGUUCUCUGAAGAUGUUCGACAAUGUUUGCAACAGGCUGUACGCUAUUACGAAGAGAAUUUGGAGUUGGUGAGAGAACUGGAAGAUUCUGCGGCACAAGGCAGAGCGUGUGGUAACUUGGGCAAUACGUUUUACUUGCUGGGCGAUUUCCAACAGGCUAUUUACUACCAUAAUGAACGUUUAAAAAUUGCUAGAGAAUUUGGCGACAAACCAGCCGAGAGGAGAGCCAACAGUAAUCUCGGGAAUUCACACAUAUUUCUGGGCGAAUUCGAGAAAGCUGCACAACAUUACAAGAGAACUUUAGCUCUUGCCCAAGAGUUGGGUGAUCGCGAGGUAGAAGCGCAGGCGUGCUAUUCUUUGGGUAACACUUAUACUCUUCUACGCGAUUAUUCGGCAGCCAUCGAAUAUCAUCUGUGGCAUUUAGGUAUAGCUCAGCAACUAAAAGAUCGUGUUGGCGAAGGACGCGCCUGCUGGUCAUUAGGCAACGCCUAUGCCGCAAUGGGCAAUCAUGAAAAAGCGCUGCAUUAUGCAAAUCUGCAUUUACAAAUCUCAAAAGAGUUGGAAGAUGAAAUGGGUCAAGCUACCGCGCAGAUGAACAUUGACGAUUUACAUAAAAUUCUUGGCCUGGAAAAAAGUCAGCAAGAGAGUAACAAAGAGAAUCUAAACACGCAAAAAUUAUCGACAAAUACAACAUCGAACAUUCCGAUGACUACGCCUUGCAGAUAUAGGCUCAGACGACAAAGCAUGGACAAUCUCGAUCUCAUAAAGCUUACACCUGAUACAAAGCAAAAGGAUAAAUCAGAAAUCGUAUCGGACAAAGGCAACAAUGUCGCAUCGCAACCAUCUCAGGAAGAAGAUAACUUUUUCGAUCUGCUGUCCCGGUUUCAAUCGGGUAGAAUGGACGAUCAACGUUGUGCGCUCAACACAAAACAUACCUCCAAGUGUCGAACGAUUACGUCAGAAGUAUCCGAUAUGGAAGAUAAAGAUGGCGAGGAUUUGCUAGAAUUAAUUGCCGGAAUGCAAAGCAAACGGAUGGAUGAGCAACGAGUGACAUUACCUUAUCUGCCGGGGCUGAAUACUAAUCAGGAUGCGGACGAUUCCUUUAUCGAGAUGCUCGUCAGAUGUCAGAGUUCGCGUUUAGAGGACCAACGGAGUCCUCUACCAGCUGCAUCAACGUUGCAAGAUGCCGAGGAGGAAAGAAGUCGAAGAGCCAACGGAAAUGUUCAAUCGGGUUCUACUAUGCCCGAGGAAGAUCUAUUCGCUCUAAUUCAAAGACUUCAAGCCGGACGGAUGGAGGAUCAAAGAGCUUCUGGACCUGGCAAAGCAUGCUAAACCUGCUAAAGCAAACGGUGACUUAAAUCUUCAUGAUACGUUCCACUUGUGCUGAAUUCUCUCGCCUUAUUUACCUACCUAUCCUCGAAUCCUCUUCUAUUCGUUUUUUCUUAUCGUCACGCAACUCUAUUAUCUCGAUUACUUAAUAGAAAAAGAUACUAUCUAAACAGCUUAGUUUUGAUUAGAAAAAAGCAACGAUUUAAAAUGUUUUAUUAUAGGAGUCAAACAAUGCUAAUUUGAAGUGCGGAAACAUUCUUUUAAGUGUUAGAGGGAAAGUUAAAAGAAUCAAAUAGAAAAUAUUUCGUAGUUGUAAACGUACAUUCAAGCAGCUAUAUUGAUAGUUGAAGAAGAGUAUCUUCAAUAUUUAUUACACUCGAGAAUACUUUCUCCAAGAUUCUAUACUUUUUCUUCUUCAUCCAAGAUUCUUUCUUUUCUUUUUUUUAAUCUCUUCAAGUUUGAGAAGUAUCGAAAUAACGGAUUCGUCCGAAUUUUGCACUCAGGCCUUUGAUUCCGUUCAGAUAGACUUAAUUCGCGUAGACUGUAAUGUCUGUAACAGUGAGUAAUUGAUAAUCAAUAUUCUAUAGCUAGCGACUGUGCUAAAAGUAUCAGUUGUAUGAAAGCAUUAUAGGACAAUGCAAUAAUGAAUUUUUUGAUUUUGACCGUCUAGUGAUAACUGCCGUUAGUAUCUGGCUUUGAUCGAACAUUGAGUAAACUGAAUACGAGAGCUAUGUUCGAUAUAUAAGUUAUUUGUCAAUCGUAAAUGGGAAUCGCGAAAAUGUUACAUGUAAUGCAUUUGCAGAUCUCUACGACUUUGACAAUUUAUGUGACACGCCAGUAUAACUAGCACCGGUUUUAGUAUUUUAUCAAGAAUUUUAUAAUGCCUGUUUUACACGGAGCUAUAAUUGCGCGCGCAAAACAGGUUUCUCAAACACUGCCAGUUUGAGGAUGCGAAUUAUUUUCGGACAUUCGUUCAUGAUAAACACGGAAGGCCUUUUAAUGUUCGCACAUCCUCAACAGAGAUCACAUAGGUUUAUUAUUUUAUAUACAUAUACAUAUAUAUUUUUUUGUGCGUAUUUUUCAAUUUACUUCAAUAUAUAAAAGACGAGAGAGCAAGAUUAUUUUUUAAAAAAAUAUAUUGUGCAUAAACGUUAUACACACAAUGGAUGAGAAAGAUAUUCAUGUGCCGCCGAGUUUCACUAUCUAAAUAGUUUCAACUAUUUUAGAUUGCAACAAAUAAUUGUGAAUGAAUAACACCAACAAACAAAUGGAGCGAGGAAGAGUAAAAAAUUAAAGUGAAUUCACGAAAAUUUUCGGUUAUAAUCGAAGGCAUAUAAAGCUUUCAAUUAUUAGAGCUUUUUAAAAUCUACUUUAAUGCAAGAUUCUUUUUUAUUCUUAUUUAAAAGUCUUUCAUCUUCAUUAUUAUGUAAAUGUAUGUAGUCAAUGAGGAAAAUGCAUUAUAGGUUGCAUCGAUUCUACACAAGCACAAUUACACUUUACUUACUUCACUCUCGCAUAUAAGAUACUUAACUACUCUCUCCGCUGGAUGAAGUAUUUUUUAAAAGUUUUAGAUAGAGAAGAAAUUACGAAUCUUUAUAGAUGAAAAAAAUAAUGGUGUGUGAAUAUUAUUUUUUGCUUAUACAUUUAAUAAGGACAGAAACUCCUAAUGAAUUAGUGCCAAAGAUUCUCAAUGCGCUAAAAAAUGAAUCUGCUGAAAGAGAAAAAGAAAGUUUAAAUAAAUCUCUAUAUUUGUUACACAAAUAAUAUUAUUCCUGUGAAAAAUUGAUUGUAUCAUAACAAAGUAAUAACUAUUGGCGAAGGUCUAUGUCUAUUUAAAAUUGACCAAGUACUAAGUGUAAUCAUUCUAUUUAUUCUCCACGAAAUUAUUAAGAUAAUUACCUUCAAGGUAUAUCUCUUCAUUUUAAUUAAAACUCUGGAAUUUUAAAAAAAUUCGUAUUAUUAUCUAAAUAGAUUUAUUUAUCUAAAUUAUUAACAAAUGUGGAGAAUGUGUAUAGUGUGGCGUGUCAUCUGUUCUAAUGAUCAAAUGUAUAUAUAAUUAUAAGCAAUUCCACGCUGAUUAAUAUGUCGACUUAGCGACGAAGCGAAUGGCAACGAUGUUAUUUACGUGCGCGCCAAAAGAUGAAAGAAAUAUUGAUAAUAAUAUAAGUUGAUAAUUGGUUCAACAAAAGUGCAAGAGUAGUGAUAUACUAAUUACCGAAUCGAUCGAUACUGAGCAUCUUUUGCUAUAUAUUGUUAUGAAAUUAUAAUUAAAGAGAAAUCUCUCGUGUAUAUAUAAUAUGAAAUAACUUUGAUUUUGUCGAUUAGAGAAGGAAUUAAAAAUAUUGCUGAGACUAUUAAAUGACAAAUAAAUGCUGAUGUAGGACUUUGUAGGUCUUUCGUAGAAUUUUUACCAAUUAUUUUUUUUAAAUAUUUCU